AUGUUCUCACUAACUCUCACUGCUGAGCUUGGCGGGGUCACAAACCUGCGCCCCGACGAUACCGAGGCAAGCCCGUUCUGGUAUACUUUCAAGGUGCAGUGCACUUCGUGUCGAGAGACCCAUGCAAAUUGGGUUGGAGUUAGCCGCUUUGAGACAAACGAGAUGAGUGGUAGCAGAGGAGAAGCCAACUUUGUUUGGAAGUGCAAAAACUGCAAGCGAGAGUCUUCGGCAUCCAUCAAAGCAGCACCAACUGCAUACGAGGCUUCGGAGCCGGCAAAAAGCCAAAAGAUUAUCGAAUUCGACUGUCGUGGGCUUGAGUUUGUCGAGUUCAAGCCCGAGGGCAACUGGCUGGCUGAGGGUGUCGAGUCAGGAACCAAGUUCACCGAAAUCGACCUCGACGAGGGCGAGUGGUUUGAGUACGAUGAGAAGGCUGGGGAUGAAGUCAGCAUAAAAGACCUCAAAUGGGAAAUCAGCCGUGCAUAA